AGGGCGGGGGGCAAGGGUGACCUCUUCCCUCCCUCCCUGCAGAAGUGGCGCCCGUUCUGCCUGCAGUUUGAGGGGGCAGUGGAGGACUUCAACUUUGGGACGCUCCUGCGCCUGGACUGCCGCCGUGGCUACUCUGAGGAGAACACCGUACUGGUGCCCAGGAUCCAGUUCCUGGCCAUCGAGAUCGCACGCAACCGUGAAGGCUGCAACGCUGCCGUGUACCGCCACGGAGGAGCCCCGGAAGCUGGCCCCAUCCCUGAGCCAGCUGGGCCCCGCUGAGACCCUCUGCUCAGACGCUGCUUCUGUGCGGCGAGGGAGAGCCGUUCUCUUGGCGCCACACUCAGGAGCCGCACUGGGAUCUUGCGGGCCAUUGGCGGGCGCCAGAGGGAAGAUGCAGGACUUGGCUGUGAAGCACGCCUGACCCUGGAUGACAGAGCAAGCCUCUGACCAGGCAUCCCGCUCGCGGCAUCGCUGGCUCCCCUUCCCCCCCUUCCAUCCCCGGUGCGGCCUAGAAUGGUGGGGGGCCCGUCUGCCUUCUCAGAAAUCCCGGACCCUCCGACGGUUGAGUGCCUUUCUGCUAAGGGGCUCUUCUGUAGCUGCCCAUCCCGAAAGAAGAGCUGGACAGCUAAGCAACCCCUUUUCUCUCCUACCUGAGGGAUGGAGACGCCCCCUGCAGCCUGUGAACCCUGCCCCCUCCUCAGGCAAAACCGCCUGUGCGGCUUCUGCUGGAUCAGCAGAACCGACCUGGGCUGAGUCUUGGCUUGUAAACAACAGCGAUUUCAAAAGUUAACAUGUCGCCUGGCUUGUUUUUUGAAGAUGGGGCCCAGGUCCUCGGGCGUACCUUGCGCAGGGAUGGUGGUUUCCGGGCAGGCCCCUCCUCCUGGUUACUCUGCCGUUGGUAUCAUCUAAGAGUAAUGUUCUGGCCUAGCUCCACACAGUUCAGUAGAAACCACUGAAAUUUAUUUGCAGCCACAAUGCUUACACUGUAUGCAGCAAACAUCCGUACAAAUCAUCCAGCAAUCUGGUCACACAAAAAGGACCCAGCACACAAUCGCCAGAGAAAAUAAUUCUCCCCCCAUCAAGGAGGUGCUAUUUGGGAAGAGAAACCAGGGACAGAUUAGAUCUGGGCUUGGGGGUACAGAAAACUAGCAGCAAGAAAACAGGGUAGGUACAAGGUGAACAGGUCUCACCCAUUGUUUUUACUAAAUUUAAAUAGCCGAAAUGUUACCGCAGCAUUAGGG